AUGGACAAGGACGAUGGUACAUACUGGCAGCGACACACGCUGUUGAAAGCAGCCCACGGUCAUGACACGCAGUUUGUGCGCCACUCGUUCCAGAAAGCCCUACGACGAUGGACCAAGUCGCAGCAGGAACGCCAAAAGCUCGAGUCGUUACUGGAGUACGUGUCGUAUUGCGCCGACGUGCUCGACGAGUCAAAGGAUGGCGGGAACCUCCCGCGAUCACUGCAAGACCUCGCUCGCGUGGAGAAGUACGUGGACAAGAUCGUCGUACCGUACGUUACCAAGCAUGCGUGCGAACACACCACGGCACUUUCGUCCGCUUCAUCUGCCGUCACGGACCAUGGCUUGGGGCGUUCUGCGUCGUCCCCCUCGGUGCAUUCCGACGACCUGCCGUCCAUCAUUGACAGCGACAUCCCAUCAUCCAGCAUGUCCAACGCGCUUCCUCGUCCUAUUGUCCUGGACGCCGACCAUGAACCUACGUCUCUAUCGUCGGGGGAUGUGUAUUCAUGCACGCCAAUCCAAUGGCUAAGCACAGAUCACCUCAACUACCCGCGAAAGGCAUCACCUCCCGACCAUGUGGAUGACGCAUAUUGGGCCGAGCACACGGCGUUGAAGGAUGCGUAUUUGGCAGACUUGCUAACUACCAGCCACGCGUUUGCCCUGUACGUGCAAAAUGAAACCCAUCCGAUAUGGAUGGCGCAGAUUCAGUCAAUUUUACCGCACGUGGAAUGGGCGUGCGAUGUCCUGUCCAAUGACACGAGCCGUCGGCCCUUUGGGGAUUUGCAGGCGGUGUGUGACAUCGUGGGGGCAUAUGUGACGCCGUACAAGGCCAAGGCCGACCGCGCGGCCGCAGAAUAUGGCCAAGGACCGGCACCAUUUGUGCAGAAUACUAGCGAUUAA